GUUUUCAUCUUUGUGCCAAAAAGGUUCUCUUCCACUUUAAAAAGAAUCUCUCUCUCAUUGGUAGUGUCUUAAAUGAUAAUCGUUACGUUAUGACUCUACCUUACUAUAUAGACCCUUGCUCUCUUCAUUCAUCCUCAACAUCUUCGCCUACUUUUCAUCAUCUCUUGUGAAAUAUAACAUGAAGAGGCCAAUAGUGUCAAACUCGUUCCUGUUCCCCAAUGGAUCUCUCAAAGCAUCUCGCAUCAGGAUCGAACCUGUUGCGCCCUAUUCGCAUAACAUGAUGCGAAUGCCUUACCAUCCAGCAAGGAGAAAUAUCGAGGGGCUCUCUUCAUUGGAAGCAGUUCUGACGGUGUUUUGGGAGAGUCAAAUGGAGCAGCUAGAAAACUUUACAGGUUUCAAUAACUACAAUCAUUUGCCACUAUCCAGAGUCAAAAAGAUUUUGAAAUCCGAUCCUCAAGUCAAGAUGAUCAGCAAGGACGCUCCUGUUUUGUUUUCCAAAGCUUGCGAAUAUUUUAUUCUAGAGCUUACAUUACGAGCUUGGAUGCAUACUCAAUCAUGCACUCGUCAGACCAUCCGGCGUUGUGAUGUCUUUGUGGCCGUAAAGAAUUCAGAAACUUAUGGUUUCUUGAUCGAUCUUGUUCCUUUUGGACCUCACUGUGCCAUUCAUCAGGAGAAGGAGCGCUUUAUCAAUCAUAGAGGGUUUGACCUCAACACUAGCUCCAGUGAACAUGAUUCUGCUGAAAGCUACUCAGCAAGAGAAACAUAGAUGAAAGAGUUAAGAGUAGAAGAAAUUUGAAGACGCAAUUAUCCAAAUCUAAGUUCAUCAAAUAGUAACUUAUGCAAAGAAAAACAAAAACUACAGGAGUUUAAAAUAAACGGAAUCACUAAACUACUGUAUAUCAGUUGUUACUUAACAACAAUAUAAAGUUUAUUAUGUUAUACAUACAUUAAUAUAUGUUCGUUUCCUUGAGCGUGUUUAUCAAGAUAGAUCAUGAAUUGACGAAUUUUCUAAGAACAUCAGCAGUGGUAAAAUACGAG